AUGGAUCUGUACGCCGAUCUGCCGCUGGCGAAGGGCGCCAAGGCGUCCUCCGCGCUCGAUGCGGACGGCAAGCCCAAGUCUGCUCUGUCCUCUACAAAGUCCGUGUGGGCCAGCGCGCCGCUGAUGGUGCCCCAAGCGGCCAAGAACAAGAGCAACAAUCGACCGGCGGUGGCCACCAGCAGCACGUCGAUGCUGCCCAGUGCAUUGGCGGCAGGCAGAGGCAAGAGCCCGACGAGGGCCGGAAUAUCGCUGGCUUUUAAGCCGGCAUCGGUGACGAGGAGGCCGGCGGCGGUCGCCAGUCAAGUGUUCCAGAAGAAGGUGGAGGACGGGAGUGUGGUGGCCCGGCCGGCAGGAAGAGGCCUGGGAUAUGUUGCGCCAACGGAGGUGACGGUGACGUCGGUGCAGCAACAAGAGAAGGAGAAGGAAGACGUGGACAUGGACGUGGGAGUUGCGGCCGGUGGCCACUUCUUCCAGGCCACUUACCGAGACGAGUACCAUCCGGCCCGGCCGAACAGCUACGAGGUGUAUUGCAAGGAGAGGCAGGAGAGGAAGAAGAUGGAGCAGGUCAAGAAGGAACUGACGCGACGACAGAGAGAGCAGGAGCGAGAGGUGCGGGCCAAGGCUUGGCCGGGCAAGUUGGAGCGUGAGCAGCUUGCGAAGGACUUGGCUGAGGGCCGAGCGCCUGCGAUGAAGCUGCCGGCUCCUGCUGGCCGUGGCCGCGGUAUGACGAUGCCGGCAUGGAUGCGCAAGAAAAUGUUCGUAGUUGGUGAAUCGUUACCGGAGGUUGAGUGUGGCUCCGAGGAGAAUGCUGCAGCAUCCCAACCAGAAAGCGAGCGUGACGUUGACCGGGGCCGCGGCGUGGAGAUUACUGCUACCGCUGCUGAAGGACAGUUCGAGGAUGCCGCAGAGCCACGAGGUGGACUGGGCUUCUCAACUAGAGGCAUCGGGUUUUCCUCUUCUUCAGCAGCUUCGUCAUCAAUGGCUGGAGGUUUUACGCGAGGAACGAAGGAUGAAUCAACCUCUCGUCCUCACUACGGCGACUUCAACGGCAGUCGCUACCCCAGCAACGAUAAAGGCACAGCAGAUCGGCAGACGUCACGUUCUCCGAUGCUGGAUGAAUUUGGGCGGGAAAUUCGACAGGAGCCAAAGCGGAGGCAUGAUGACCGACACAAUGAUCAACAUGGCAGGCGUGAUAGCAGCUUGAGCAGCCACAGCGGUCAACCUUACAGUCGAGAUAGCAACGGUUCUGGCGAGAAACGGCGUCGGACUAGCGGCUGGGACAGCAGGUCAAGCACCAGCAGUGGAUCAUCUAGCCGGGUGGUGUUGCUUCAGAACAUGGUUGGCCCAGGUGAAGUCGACGAUGAAUUGCAAGACGAGGUGAAAGGCGAAUGCUCCGAGAAAUACGGACCCGUGGCUAAGUGCACGAUCUACGAGGUGACGGGAAGUGUUCCGCCGGAGGAGGCUGUUCGGAUCUUUGUCCAGUUCCAGGAUGCAGAGGAUGCUACCAAAGCUCUUACAGGCUUGAAUGGACGGUUUUUUGGAGGCCGUAAGGUAAAGGCGGUGUAUUAUGAUGAACGCAGGUUUGAAAGAAUGGAUAUCACC